CUACUUCUAUUGUUUGCCCUUAACCUGCAGUGGCUUCUCCUCCUCCCAUCUCAUUACACUCCUUCCUCUGCAGCUUUACCAUUUUUCUCCAUUUUCUGAUUUUUUUUUUAAAUUUCUAUUUGAGAGCCUGUCCAUCCUGUGGAGUCUGUGGGGAUGGCUGACAAGAAGCAAUCUGACCGUCAGAAUGAUGGGGAGCAAGUGCCAGCUUUCUUCAAUAAAUUGGGAUCAGGGAGUCCCAAGCCCAGGCAGAAAUUCUGUGGCAUGUUCUGCCCGGUGGAAGGAUCUUCUGAGAACAAGACUAUAAAUUUUGACUCCUUGCCGGCUGGAAGAGGGUCAGGCAAAGUCAUUGUCCAGCAAAGGGAUGUGACACCUUCAGAUGUGGGGAGGAAAGUGGAGAUCAAGUGUUCCUCUGGCAAAGAAGCCCUGCAGAACCUCAAUGAUAAGAGUGAUCGGCUACUCAUUAAAGGUGGAAAAAUCGUUAAUGAUGACCAGUCGUUUCACGCUGACAUUUACAUGGAGGAUGGAGUGAUCAAGCAGAUCGGUGAAAAUCUGAUUGUGCCGGGAGGAGUGAAGACCAUCGAAGCUCAUGGCAGGAUGGUGGUUCCUGGCGGAAUCGAUGUCCAUACUUGCUUCCAAAAACCGUGCAACGGCAUGGUGUCUUCUGAUGACUUCUUCCAGGGAACCAAGGCAGCGCUGGCAGGGGGCACCACAAUGAUCAUUGAUCAUGUUGUGCCCGAACCUGGCUCCAGCCUGCUCAGCGCCUUUGAUCAGUGGCGGGAAUGGGCAGAGGCCAAAUCAUGCUGCGACUACUCCUUGCAUGUAGAUAUCACUGAAUGGCACAAGGGUGUUCAAGAGGAGAUGGAAGCUCUUGUAAAGGAUCAUGGAGUGAACUCCUUCCUGGUUUACAUGGCUUAUAAGGACCAGUACCAGCUUACCGACUCACAGAUUUACGAGGUAUUUAGCGUGAUCCGUGAUAUUGGUGCCAUUGCAGAGGUCCAUGCGGAAAAUGGGGAUGUUAUCGCUGAGGAGCAACUAAGGAUUCUGGAACAAGGAAUCACUGGCCCAGAAGGUCAUGUUUUAAGUCGACCAGAAGAAGUGGAAGCAGAAGCUGUGAAUCGUUCUAUCACUAUUUCCAACCAGACCAACUGCCCCUUGUAUGUCACUAAAGUGAUGAGCAAGAGUUCUGCUGAGGUCAUUGCUCAGGCCAGGAAGAAAGGUGCGGUGGUUUACGGAGAACCAAUCACAGCCAGUCUGGGAACUGAUGGUUCACACUACUGGAGCAAAAACUGGGCGAAAGCUGCAGCCUUUGUCACCUCUCCACCUCUCAGUCCGGACCCCAGCACCCCAGAUUUUCUAAACGCUUUGCUGUCCUGUGGUGACCUUCAGGUGUGCGGCAGUGCACAUUGCACCUUUAACACAGCUCAGAAAGCUGUUGGAAAAGACAAUUUCACGUUAAUCCCAGAGGGAACCAAUGGAGUGGAAGAGAGGAUGAGCAUCGUGUGGGACCGAGCUGUGGUGACUGGGAAGAUGGAUGAAAACCAGUUUGUGGCUGUCACCAGUACAAAUGCUGCAAAGAUCUUCAACCUGUAUCCCCGCAAGGGACGCAUUGCUGUGGGAUCUGAUGCUGACCUGGUGAUAUGGGACCCAGACAGUAUGAGGACAAUCUCAGCCAAGACACACAAUAGUAAUGUGGAGUAUAAUAUCUUUGAAGGCAUGGAGUCCCGUGGGAGUCCCCUUGUGGUAAUCAGCCAAGGAAAGAUUGUACUGGAGGAGGGAACUCUCCAUGCUACUGAGGGAUCAGGGCGAUACAUUCCAAGGAAACCAUUCCCAGACUAUGUAUACAAGAGGAUCAAAGCCAGGAGCAGGCUUGCUGAGCUGCGAGGAGUCCCCCGUGGCCUGUAUGAUGGUCCUGUCUGUGAAGUUUCUGUUACCCCUAAAGCUGUCACACCAGCAUCUUCUGCCAAGACAUCACCAGCCAAACAGCCAGCACAGCCUGUACGGAACCUGCACCAGUCUGGAUUCAGCCUGUCAGGGGCCCAGGUUGAUGACAACAUCCCUCGUCGCCCUACUCAACGUAUCGUUGCUCCCCCUGGUGGCCGUGCCAACAUUACCAGCCUCGGCUAAUCCCAAACUACUUUAACACUGCCCCCCGGCCUCUCCUUUCGUUAAAUCAUUCCGAAGGGUUACCAGUUCUCCACAUUUUCUCUAGCUAUGGGGAUGACUACUUUAAAACAGACUUCAUAAGAGGAAUCAACACUCAUUUAUAUAAGUGUGCCUGUUACUAUGUGCUCAUGGAAAAAGCCACACUUAUACAUUCAGAGCGCUACAUGCUAAUUAUAUUAGUGUAUCGUGGCUUAGUGUAUGUGUGUGUAUUAUAUAUCCAUGUAUUUAUACACACGCAUGCAAUCUGAGUUUUACUGCACUGAACUGAAGACCCCCAUCCUUCACCCUGUUCAUUAUUGCCAACCCCUCCUUCUCUGGAUUCCCUGGCACCCCCCUUUGCCCUACAGAGUGAUGUUGACAAGCCUAGCACCAGAGUGGAAGACCAGAUUAGGUACUGCUCACUUAUACUGGAUAAAGCCGAUUGUGAUUAGGAUAUUAGGGCUAGGAAUCGGAGUCGAUGGAUAAGGAUUUAGUAAUGAAUUAAAGAUGUGAAAGAAAAGACAUUACAAUGGUUCUCAGAGAAAGACACAGACACAUUUAGGAGUAGGCACCGUGCAUUGGAGUUGUCUCCAGGUCACUCAGUGGCUGUGACCCGUAGUAGCAGAGCAUUUUACAUUGAUUGGACACUGCAAUGACAACAAGACAGACCAGCCCCGAAGACAGGUGGGACUAUGACAUUGAACAACUGACCAUUCUAAUAACAAUUAGUCCCUCACUUCUCUAUUCAGUCUGUCAGUGAGACAACUUCGGACUGAGCACUUGUUCUGCCACGUUGUGCCCUAGUUUCCCCUAACUGUUGUCGUCUGUGGGUUGACAUCUUUACAGUGUAUGCAGAGCUCUUUGUGUAGGUAAGGCUGCUUUAAAGGGCAUGUAAUGGCAAAAAAAUAAAAUCCCAUUUUUACUUUCUUUAAUGAAAAAUAAACCUAUCUCCAAUAUACUUUAAUUAUAAAAUGUGUACCGUUUUUAUAAGAAACCUGACUGUAUGCAGUGAAAUUCUCCCUUCAUUUACUGCUGUGGAUAGGAAUUGUCAGAUGGUCCCUAACUGCUGAGCAGGGAAACAAUCAUACUUAUGAACAGCAGGGGGAGCAGGGUGACCCCCUGUAGCCAACUUUGAAAGCAUACAUUAUUUGUUUGAUUAGGCUUGUGGUGCAGAAAGUUCAUGUUUAUAUUUAGUAUACAAAAUACAGCAUUUCUAGCCUUAGUCUACUUUAGAAUUUACAUGCCCUUUAAAGGAAAAGUUGAUUUGAAUUGAACUAGAAAGCAUCAUUUUAAGAUGCUCAAAUCAGGAAUGGACAACUGAGAUGUUCUCGAUCUACAACUCCCAUCGGUUUGUAUGCUGUGAGUUGUCGUAUGGCUGCUUCUGAAUGCCCAUAGUAAGCCCAUGCCUGGUUCAUAAGGUACUAAAAGUGAAGGUAAAGUUUUCCUUUAACUGGGGAAUGAUUGAAAAAGACUGAGAAACAGCGUUCCAUGUGCAGGUGGGAACAGUAUGGCUGGUGUCUUCAAACAUUGCAGUUUACUGAGAGGAAGGAUUUGGAGAGGGGAUCCGGGUGCUGACAUGAAAUGAUAGAUGUUCCAUUCAAUCUGUUUUUAACCCAUUGUGAGAUUUGUGGUUGUGUUCCUAAGUGCAGGAGAUGUUGUGCUGGUGCUAAUAAAUGUAUCUAGAAUGAAAAUGUGCUCUCUCUGAUGUCCUGCGGAAGUUUUGUGUCUUUUCCCUGUAAACACUUUGUGUUCUGAUUUCUUUUCACAGGAUCCAAUAAUAAACUAUUGUGCUUUCAA